AAAGGGAAAAGACAGAGUCGUAAAGAGCUCUCUACUCUCUCUCUCCUUGUGACGGAAUCCCCAUGCUUUCAUUUCAUAAGACCAACCGCAAUUUCUUGAACUCAAAGCCACAAUUCAUAAAUAGAGCAUUGUGAGUGUGUCCCCAUCGUACUCAUUGCAGUUUAGAGAAAUACAAACCGACUGAAAUGAGUACAAAAGAAGCAACGGAUGUGGGGAGUACAAGUAGAAGAAGAGGCAGUGCUCCAAAAGCAGGUUCUGUUUGGGAGAGCAGAAUGAAAUCUGAUCAAGUGAAAGGUGGGAUUAAAGUGUUCGAUGCCACUCAAGAAAAUUCUGAUGAAAACAAAAUCAGCAGUGGCAGUAGUGCUAAUAAUACUGAGGUUCAGGAUGAUGUAAAAGUGAUUGUGAAGCCGAAGAGGAGUCCUGUGGGGGUGAGUGGGAAGAGAAAAACUUGGAAAUCAGAGAGUUUAGAAGGGAGCCCACUUCAGAUUGCAAGGCAAAGAUCUGAAUUGGGGAAGAAUUUGGAUGAACAGUGUAAAGAAUUGAGUGUUUCUGUUGAUGGGAAUGGAAAUGGGAAUGCGAAUGGGAAUGGGAAUGGGAUCAAGAAAAGCCCAGCUCAGUUUAAGAAAACAAGAUCUGCAGUAUUAUCGCAAAAGGGGACUGUUGAGCAAACUGGUGAUGCAAUUGAGAAGAGUUCAAGUCAAUUAAGUAAAGUUAAAUCAGAUUCCAACGAGACAUUGACUGAGAGUAAAAUUGACGGGAAAUCUGAAUUGAAUGAGGUGAAAUCUGAAUCCUCUGAUGGGAAUGGGAAUGGAAAUGGGAAUGUGAAGAAUUCACUUCAACUCCAGUUAGUAAAUACAGAAAAAGCAGCAGCCAAGAAACUGGAUUUAGAGGGCUUUUCUGAGGGAACUAAGAAGAACCCAACUGGAAUUGAUCAGUCAGGAUCUGAUCAAGAUUGUAAAGAGCUAAUUGUCUGUGAAGAAAAGGCGAUUACGAGCAUUCUCAAAACGCCGUCUGAUGACGAUUUUGUUGAUGGUGAAGAAGGUGAAGAAAAAGAAGAAGAAUGGGACGAAGAAGAAAUUGAUGAGGAGAAUGAAAAGAAAAGUCUUGAUAUUAAGGAAAUUACUGUAAAAGAACCAAAUCCAAAGAAAGUUGUGAUUGAGGAAAAGAAAUUUGUUCAUAGAAAUGAAAGAUCAGUGCCAGUUGUGAAGAAACAAGCCCCUCCUGCUGUAAAUCACGCCAGAAAAAUUCAUACCAGUCCAACAAAAACCAAGCCAAGUCAAGUUGAAGAUGAUUUUCAAAGAACUCCAAGAUCCCAUAGCAAAUUAGAAAGUUUUGUUGACUUGGUUAUGUGGAGAGAUGUAUCAAAAUCAGCAUUUAUCUUCGGGAUUGGAACAUUCGUUAUUAUUUCAUCUUCAUACACAAGGGAUCUCAACAUCAGCUUUAUUUCUGUGGUCUCCUACUUGGGCCUUGUGUACCUUGCUUCAAUCUUUCUUUUCAGAUCCCUAAUCAGAAGUAGGGGAGAAAUUGACAGAAGCCAAGAUUAUGUAGUUGGGGAAGAAGAAGCAAUUUGGGUUUUAAAAUUGGUUCUUCCUUACAUAAAUGAGUUCCUCUUGAAAUUAAGAGCCCUUUUUUCUGGGGAUCCUUCAACUACAAUGAAGUUGGCGGUGCUUCUGUUUGUGCUGGCAAGGUGUGGCAGCUCUAUAACCAUUUGGAAGAUGGCUAAAUUGGGGUUUUUUGGAGUAUUUAUCGUGCCAAAAGUCUGUUCAUCCUACUCUACACAGUUAACUGCAUUUGGUACAUUUUGGAUUCGAAGAUUUCGGGAUGCUUGGGAAUCAUGUUCUCAUAAGAAAGCCGUAGGAUUUGCCAUCUUCACUCUUGUUUGGAACCUAUCAUCAAUGGUUGCUCGAAUUUGGGCAGUGUUCAUGUUGUUUGUGGCCUUCAAAUACUAUCAGCAUUCUUUGAUGAGUAACGAAUGGACAGAAGAAGUGAGAAAUGAAGAUUCUUGGCAAGGACAACGACAAGGGCGCAGAACAACGUUAACAGAUAAUAGGAAGCAAAAGAAAACAUUCUAAGUUGCUAUAAUAUUUGUUGUAUUACAAGGUUUACAAGCAUAUGUAAAUUUAUAUUGAAAAUAAUGAGUUUGAGCCUUCGUUUUUUUUUU